AUGUCUCGGAUUGCUGGUAAUGCAGUUACAAGGGAAGAAAUGGAGGCUUUCAUAGGCAUAAUAAUUUUGAUGGGCAUUAUCAAGCUUCCACGUUUUCGAAUGUACUGGAAAGAAGAUUAUCUUAUUCACCAAGAGGUUGGUGAUCCUGGAUAUGAUAAACUUUACAGAGUCAGAGAAUUUCUGAACAUUAUUUCCCGCAACAUCAGCAGGGAGUAUAAGCUUUCAAGGGAUAUUGCAAUUGAUGAAACCAUGGUCCCUCACAAAGGCAGACUGUCGUUCAAACAGUACAUCAAGAACAAACCAACCCAAUGGGGGAUAAAACUCUGGGUGUUAUCAGAGUCCCUUACUGGCUAUGUGUACAAAUUUCAAGUGUAUCUUGGUAAAGAGGGGGGCAACGCAGAAAAAAAUUUGGCUCGGCGUGUUGUCAGAGAUCUCACUGCACCAAUUGAAGGGAACAACCACCAUUUGUAUAUGGACAAUUUCUACUGUGACCCUCAUUUGUUCAUUGAACGGAUGAACUUUGGCAUUUAUUGCUGUGGCACAGUCAGAGCUGGAAGGAAAGGAUUUCCUAAAGAUAUUCUUAUUGCAAAAGAAGAACAGCACUUCUGGUGGCACAGAGAUUAA